CUUCUGGGGAAACGAACCACUCCUCGCCUGUCUUCAUCAGCUUGACAAUCCCUUCCUCUCUUGCCCGGCACAUCGUCUGUGCGUUGUUGCAACUGAAACACAAUUCACAAUGUCCACUGGAACCUCGGAUAUUGAGGUUGCUGCCAACGGCGGCCUGGCCGUGGAGCCAGCACGACGUGUCAAUGAUGCCCAGAAAACCAUGUGGCAGUCUCUUCGACACAACCCCAAAGUCCUCUUCAUUGCUUUUUUUGCUUCAUUGGGUGGUUUCGAGUAUGGCUACCAACAAGGUGUCUUGGGCCAAUCCUUGGUCAUGACUCGCUUCAAGGAGAACUUCCCUGCAGUUGUCGGCUCCUCUUCAGCCACGGGCUGGCUGACAUCGGUUCUUCAACUCGGCGGUAUCGUCGGCUCUCUGUCCGCCGGUGUGCUAGGCGAGAUCAUCUCCCGAAAGUACACCAUGUUCAUUGCCUGUCUCUGGGUCAUUCUGGGUAGCUACCUCUACGUCGGUGCCCACGAGGGCAUGUCCUCCCUUCUAUAUGCUGGCAGGUUCUUCACCGGUCUCGGUGUUGGUCUCUUCAGCGGUGUCGGUCCUCUUUAUAACGCUGAGCUUUCGGCUCCGGAGAUGCGAGGACUGUUGGUCUCUUUCUACCAGUUCGCCACCAUUCUCGGAAUCAUGCUUUCUUUCUGGGUCGGAUACUGCAGCAACUUUAUCGGCGGAACCGGCGAAUCUCAGUCCGACCUUGCUUGGAGACUCCCUUCCAUUAUCCAGGGAAUACCAGCAGCCCUUCUGGCCAUUGGCAUUUGGUUCAUGCCUUUCUCUCCCAGAUGGCUUGUCAAGGUCGGCCGAGAUGAGGAGGCCAAGAAAACUAUGGCUUGGAUGCGAAAGCUCCCUGAGGAUGACGAACUUGUCCAGAUCGAGUUCCUCGAAGUCAAGGCCGAAAGUGUCUUUGAGAAGCGCGUCUUUGCACGGGAUUUCCCCAACCUCGCGGCCAAGAAGAAGAGUGCCUUUAUUGAGCAAUUUGCUCAGUAUGCCGCCUGCUUCAACUCCAAGGAUAACAUUAAGCGAGUGUUGACUGGCUUCUUCAUCAUGUUCUUCCAACAGUGGAGUGGAAUUGACGCAAUUAUUUACUAUGCGACCAACAUCUUCAUCACCCUGGGUUUGACUGGAGGCACUACAGCACUGCUGGCAACCGGCGUCACUGGAGUCGUCUUCAUUGUUAGCACCGUACCUGCUAUGUUGAUUAUUGACAAGGUCGGACGAAAGCCCAUGCUUAUCGUCGGCUCCAUCGUCAUGGCUGUCAGCAUGAUUAUUGUCGGUAUAAUCGUUGCCAAGUUCCGCAAUGACUGGCCUGAUCACGUCGCUGCCGGCUGGGUUGCUGUUGCUCUCAUCUGGAUAUAUAUUGCCGGUUUCGGCGCAACUUGGGGACCCGUAUCUUGGACUCUGGUCUCCGAGAUUUUCCCUCUCUCUAUCCGAGCCAAGGGUGCCUCUAUCGGUGCCAUGAGCAACUGGCUGAACAAUUUUGCUAUUGCCUUCUUCGUGCCCCCCAUGCUUUCGGCUUGGGCUUGGGGCACCUACAUUUUCUUCUCCGUCUUCCUUAUCGUUGGCAUCUUUGCUGUCUGGUUCUUCCUCCCCGAGACGAAGAACGCAACACUGGAAGACAUGGACCGGGUGUUCAACAGCCGUACCGGCGAGAGAGAUGCUCAACUGUUGAGAGAGGCCCAAGAGGAAGUUGGUCUGGUUGCUCUUGUUGAAGCUCGCGCAGCAGCUCUAUACGAGAAGAAGGAUAUCCAUGAGACGCAGAUUGAGAAGCUGUAAGCGAGACAGCAGUUGGGAUGGAGGUGUGUUAUUACAGUAAUGAAUGCAACGGAGUACUACUAGCCAUGAUGAUUUUGGACGCAAAUACCGCGAUGAAGGUUCUGUUUUUGAGAAGAAAACCCCAGUUGCAAAAAUAGGAGAUUUAGGAGCACAGUAAAUAUACCCACGAC